GCGUUCCUUGACGCUGCUGGCGCCGUUGGUGUCUGUUGAACGGGCUUUGCGAGUCGGGCUGUGUUGGUAGGGUGUUAAACUCGUUCUUGAGAGGAACGUCUCUGUCGGAAGAGAACAUGAGUUUAGCUCUGAGAAAUGAGCUUGUAGUAGACAAAACAAAGAGAAAAAAGCGAAGAGAACUCUCUGAGGAACAGAAGCAAGAAAUUAAAGAUGCGUUUGAACUAUUUGAUACAGACAAAGAUGAAGCAAUAGAUUAUCAUGAGUUAAAGGUGGCAAUGAGAGCCUUGGGGUUUGAUGUAAAAAAAGCUGAUGUACUGAAGAUUCUUAAAGAUUAUGACAGAGAAGCCACAGGGAAAAUCACCUUUGAAGAUUUUAAUGAAGUUGUGACAGAUUGGAUAUUGGAAAGGGAUCCACAUGAGGAAAUAUUGAAGGCAUUUAAACUAUUUGAUGAUGAUGAUUCAGGUAAAAUAAGCUUGAGGAAUUUACGACGUGUUGCCCGAGAAUUGGGUGAAAACAUGAGUGAUGAAGAACUUCGGGCUAUGAUAGAAGAAUUUGAUAAAGAUGGUGAUGGAGAAAUAAAUCAAGAGGAGUUCAUUGCUAUUAUGACUGGUGACAUUUAAAGAAUUAUAAGAAUAAUCACUAAGAAUGUUGCAGUUACCAUCAUAUCUGUUUUUAUGCCUGGAGCCGUGUAAAAAAAGAAACCAACCUCUUUCUUUUUUCCCGAAGGACCAAAAAUAAGCAUCUUAUGUAUUUGUAUUUUACUACUGUUAAGUUUCUUUAUAUAAACCGUUGUACUCAAAUAGUUCAGUUUUGUAUUUAUAAUACAGGUUUUAUAUAAAGUUUAAACAGUUAAAUCAUGUGAUAGAGUCUUCUUUGAAGGUUUUUGACUUAACGUUAGUAGUCACUUUUGGUGUACAGGUUUUUCAGACUUUCAUUAAUAAAAUGUUUAGUAGUAUUUUAAA